CAGAAUAAAUUGUUGAUUUGCUUCUACUAAUAUUAAGUAAGCUAUGGGUGGCCAGCAGCUGCUGUGGAAGCAAAUUGCCAGACAUCUAUCAUCUCAUGAAAGCAAAAUGACGAAAUUGGCAUCAUCUGCUCCUGUUUUAUUGCGGCGACGUGAACGAAAUCGUGAUGAAAAAGAUGACUCGAAAUAUCGUCAAAAUUUUACUUUUAUGGCAAUUGGAAUAGCGAGUGCUGCAGCAGCUGCGCCUUUCGCGUUAUCCGACAGUCGAAAGACUACAAAACACGAAGAAAUCAUCAACCAUACAGCGGGAAAACGCGUGAAAAAUUUGCCGACGUACCGUCUAGAAGACGUGAAAGCUCACAAAACUGUUGAAAAGGGAGUGUGGAUGAUUUUUGGCGAGGGCGUUUAUGACGUAACUGAGUUUGUGGAAAAUCACCCGGGUGGGAAGACUGUCAUGUUGGCGGCGGGUGGGGACGUGGGGCCCUAUUGGAACACGUACUCUCAGCACCACACGGAGCAAGUGUAUGAUAUGCUGGAAGAGUAUCGAAUUGGCAAUUUGCACCCGGAAGAUGUGAAAAAACUGAACGAUACGUCUCGGUCGGUAAGAGAUGCAUACUCAAACGACCCUAAAAGACAUCCGGCUUUGCUGGUCCGACAACAAAAACCCUUCAAUGCAGAGACACCUCCACUCAUAGCAGUCCAAAAUCAAAUCACGCCUCAGCCUUUCUUCUUUGUGAGGAAUCACAUGCCGGUGCCAGAUAUAAAGGCAGAAGAUUACAGACUGCAUAUUGGGGUUGACAGGAAAACAUCAAACCAAGAUAAAGAUGACUCUGAGUCUUUUUUGAGGAGUUUGACCUUGGAUGACCUCAAAGAGAAGUUCAAGCCCAAAACAGUGGAAGCGACUAUUCAAUGCAGUGGAAACAGACGGGAUGAUUUCAAUAAGCUCAAAGAAGUGAAGGGAUUGAAGUGGAGUUUGACUGCGAUCUCAAAUGGUACCUGGACUGGAGUCCUGUUGAGAGAUGUCCUUUUAAGUUUGGGUCUGUCCGAGGAGGAGAUGCGCCUUAAAUACAGUCACGUGCACUUCGAGGGGUAUGACUCAUCGGAUGAUGGAACUGCAUACGAGGCCAGCAUACCACUCCACAAAGCCCUCAGUCCUGAAGCUGACGUGCUACUUGCUUGGGCUUUAAAUGACGAGACCCUUUCCCGAGACCAUGGCUACCCUAUCAGAGUAGUUGUUCCAGGUGUUGUGGGCGCCAGGUGUGUGAAGUGGCUGAAGAAGAUCACUGUUUCGGACGAAGAGUCUAGGAGUCAUUGGCAGCAGAAGGACUACAGAAUGUUCCACUCCUCCAUCAACUGGUCCAAUGUUGACUGGUCCAAGUCACCCUCUGUCCAGGAAUGUCCAGUUCAGUGUGCCAUUUGCAUCCCAUCUUCUGACUCCUCCAUCAAAUUGGACUCCGAUUUCGAGUUCAAGGGCUACGCCUACAGUGGAGGGGGCAAAGGGAUAGUACGUGUGGACAUCUCACUUGACGGGGGAGACACUUGGCACCAAACUGACCUUGAAGACACGGACCAGAAAGCGCCAAAUGAGUACGGAUGGAGGUUGUGGUCAUUCAAUGCUAGUCCAGAGAUGCUAAAAAAGAGUUUAAGAGGAAAAAGUAGUGAACUGGAACUAGUUGUGAAGGCUACGGACUCAUCGCAUAAUGUAAUGCCUAAAGAUGCACAAGAUGUUUGGAACAUCAGAGGUAUAAUGAACAACUCGUGGCACAGAAUCAAAAUAAAAGUUCAGAAUUAAUUGGUAGUUUAACUGCUAAAACUAUUUAUUUAGACUUCUCAAACGACAUUCUAUCAUAUCUACUGCGAAAGAGUUUUUUAUGGGAGCCAUUGAUUUAUUGGUUUGCUCAGAGGUUUUGUUCUAAUUUAUCGUUCGACAGUAGUGACGAAUUGAAACAAUUUUUGUGUAUAAUGGUGUCCUUCAAACAUGCUUUCUGAUUCAUUCGUCUAUCAUAGUUAUCACAUAUUUGUAACUUUUGACGUAUUUUCCAAAAAUAUUGAAAUCAGAUUAUAUUUUCUUACCACAGUAUAUGGAGCUUUUAAACAAACACUAUUCGGAAAUAGCGAUGU